CGAACGUAUCAGGUUUCUGUAGUCUUCGAGAAUAAAAUAGUUACACAUUUACAUUUUACACACUAAAAUACCUUACAAACAACUACAGUCCCGCCGUCUUUUUUAUAUUAUUACCGUGUGUUUUCAUUUUCACGUAUUAGGUAGAUCCGUAAUAGUCGUUUCACCCUAAAUCGGUAUUAACUCAUCAUUUAGUGAUUUAUUAUUUAUUAGUGCUUUAUUUUUACCUACUACAGUAUAAUUCUACACUAUGUCUUAUUCUAACAAGUAUAUUUACUCAACACUACCACGCACUCAACGAGGGCAGCCGAUUGUGUUGGGUGGUGAUCCUAAGGGAAAAAAUUUUCUUUACACAAACGGUAACAGUGUCAUUAUACGUGACAUUGAGAACCCUGCAAUAUCAGAUGUUUACACUGAACACUCCUGUGCUGUAAAUGUCGCCAAGUAUUCCCCUAGUGGAUUUUACAUUGCAUCUGGUGAUCAAUCAGGAAAAGUAAGGAUUUGGGAUACUGUGAAUAAAGAACACAUACUUAAAAAUGAGUUCCAUCCUUUUGGGGGACCAAUUAAAGACAUUUCUUGGUCUCCAGACAAUCAAAGAAUGGUGGUUGUUGGUGAAGGACGAGAGAGAUUUGGUCAUGUAUUUAUGUCAGAAACUGGUACUUCAGUCGGUGAAAUAACAGGCCAGUCUAAACCAAUUAAUUCAUGUGAUUUCCGUCCUAGUCGUCCUUUUAGAAUAGUGACCGGUAGUGAAGACAAUACAAUUGGUGUUUUUGAAGGUCCUCCAUUUAAGUUCAAGAUGACCAAACAAGAACACUCAAGAUUUGUGCAGGCAGUACGUUUUUCACCAAAUGGUAAUUUCUUCGCAUCAGCAGGUUUUGAUGGUAAAGUUUUCUUGUAUGAAGGUACUAAUGCUGAUCUUGUCGCUGAAAUUGGUAGUCCAGCACAUAAAGGAGGAGUUUAUGGAGUUGCUUGGAGUGCUGAUAGUACACGUCUAUUAACAUCUUCUGGUGAUAAGACUUGUAAGCUGUGGGACGUAGAAACAAAAUCUGUUGUUAGUGAAUUUGUGAUAGGAAAUCAAGUAGAAGAUCAACAGGUUUCUUGUUUGUGGCAAGGAAAUUAUUUAUUAACCGUCUCUCUUAAUGGCUUUAUUACUUACCUAGAUGUCAACAAUCCUGAGAAACCCCUACGAGUCAUUAAGGGUCAUAAUAAACCAAUUACGGUAUUGGCACUGAGCCCAGAUCGUAGUACUAUAUAUACUGGCUCUCACGAUGGCUAUAUUACAAAUUGGAAUGCUGCAAACGGUGAAAAUGACAGAAUAAAAGGCGUAGGUCAUGGAAAUCAAAUUAAUGGAAUGAAACUGGAUAAUGAAUACUUAUAUACAUGUGGAAUUGAUGACAGUCUUAGGCAAGUUGAUAUUAAAUCCAAUUCAUACACAGAUUUGCAAGUCAAACUAAAUGCUCAACCAAGGGGAAUGGAUUUCAACAGUAAUGUGAUUGUCACGGCUACGAUUAAAGAGAUAAUAGUAUUGAAAAACGAAAAAAAAGUAUUUAAUUUACCCGUGGACUAUGAACCUUCGUCUGUAGCUGUUAGUCCAGAUGCUGGUUUUGUUGCGGUUGGAGGAGCUUUGGAUAAUAAAGUACAUGUAUACAAGAUUAAUGAUUCCACUUAUAGUUUGGAAUUUGUCGCGGAGUGUGAUCACUUAGGACCAAUUACAGACUGUUCAUUUUCACCUGAUGGAGAGUACUUGGUAGCAAGUGAUGCGAACAGAAAAGUCAUUUUAUACAAAGUACCCGAAUUCAAUUUGGCUCAUAAGCAAGAUUGGGGUUUCCAUAACGCACGUGUUAACAGUGUAGCCUGGUCACCAAAUUCUAAACAAGUAGCCAGUGGAAGUUUGGACACCACUAUUAUUGUAUGGAGUGUUACUUCACCAAAUAAACAUACAAUAAUAAAAAAUGCUCAUCCACAAAGUCAAAUUACACGUGUUCUGUGGUUGGAUGAUGAAACUAUAGUUUCGGUCGGACAAGACUGCAAUACAAAAAUCUGGAAUGUUACUCCCAUUUAAUCCGGUACUACAAGUUUAAAUAUAUUAUAUAUAUCUAUUUGACUAUUUAUUUUUAUUUAUUUAUUUUAGAGUUAUAAAUUAACCAAUAGAUUUAUAUUUUUUUAAUGAAAUAAAAUCCAAAAAUGGAAAAAUUGCACUCACAGAUAAAUGGUGUCCUAUUAUUAUUAAAUAACAAUUAGGUUUAUGGUUUUGCCAAUAUAGAUUUCAAUCAAUGAAAAGUAUAUUUUAUUUAUUUAUUUUUACAGAAGUGUUUAUUAUUAUUAACCAUUUUAUUAUUUUAUAGUUUUCUAAUUUCUCUCAAUACUUUAAUAUGUAUUUUGCAUUUAUAUUUUUCUAAUGUGUAAUAAAUAAUAAAAUAAUAACUACUCUGAAAUAA